AAAAAAAAAAAUACAGAUUGUCCAGCCCGUUUUGUUGGUCAUGCAAAGAACAAUGCCAAUUUUUAGGCGCAUUGCCAAGAUGUGGGUGGAGGAGCUAGAUGUUUUAGAGGCCGCCUGUAGCGCCAUGAAGCAUGCCAUUAUGAACCUAAGAAGCAGCUUCCGACCCAUGCUGCAGAAUCUGUGCUACUUUAUUGUGGCCAGCUUCCAGACACGCUGCUGUGCACCAACGCUAGAGAUAUCCAAGACAACUAUUGUCAUGUUUUACAGGGAAGAGGGCUGUAAGCCCUAUAUGCAAGAACUUCUGCGGGAGUUUAUCAAGCACAGCUUCAAGCUAUUUGAGAACACGCCACAGCAGAACUUCUCGAAUAUAUCGGACACCAUGGAGGCCUUCUUCGGCUGCCUGGCUCAGAUUGUGAAGAAAAUACCUCAGGCAUUGGAAGACAAGACACUGGCCUACGAUCGCCUCGUCUACUACGGCCAGCGUUGCAUGACGCUGCCCGAAAGCGGUGCCAUACGCUGCGGCAUACAGUUCAUGACACACUUUACGAUUCAGUCGCGCAACCACGAACACAUCACCGAGGUCGUGUUGAAAACUGGCGAACAGACCGUGUACUUCAUCAUGAUGUGUGUGGGAUAUUUGACGCCACGCUCGCAGGUGGACAAGUUUGCCGAUAUCAUAUUGGCCUUUAACAAAAAGUAUCCUGCGGAGCUGGCCAUCUGGCUAAAGACCGUGAUGUCCGUCCCCCAUUUCCCCACACCGCUGUUAAACGAUGCAGAAAAGUCGCGAUAUGUUUCUUUGAUUAUCAAGGAAAAGGUGAACAAGCGGCUGCUGCAACAGCAUCUGUCGGAGAUGGCCAUCAAGUUGCGCGGACUCACCGAAAAGUUCCAGUAAAUGUGGAAGCCUGAAGCUAUUUAGAGGCCAACCAAAUCGCGCACCUAUGCUUUUCAAAACUGGAUUCUAAAUGUGUUUCUGUCCUGUGUCCCAUGUAUUUAGACUGUAAUUUAGGCGACUCUGUAAAUGUUCCUCGACUCCUUGUUGUUACCGCACCUCCCACACCCGCCACCGCCUUAGUUUUUAACAUCUCCAAAAACUCUCGACAAGACAAACUUUUAUUUAUAAUUUUACAAAAAUUACAUGCUUUCAUUUAC